AUGCCCAUUUAUGAUUACAUUUAUGGUACCAUGGACAAGACUACAGACACCACCUAUGAGAUUGCAUUGAAGAGAGAAGAAAUCUCACCUGAUGUGGUUCAUCUAACACACCUUACAACCCCAGAAUCAAUCUAUCAUCUAAGGUUGGGAUUUGCUUCCUUAUCCUCCAAACCCCAAUCUUCAACAUGGUACCUCUAUUUGAUGUGGCCUUUCACUCUUUGGACUGUUCUUGUCACUUGGUUUUAUGGUCAAACAUUUGUCAUUGAGAGGAAUGCUUUCAAAAUGCUCAAUUUGCAAUCAUGGGUUAUACCUAGAUUCCAUGUACAAUACCUUUUUAAAUGGCAAAGUGAAUCACUAAACAAGCUUAUAGAAGACGCAAUACUUCAGGCAGAGUCAAGCCAAGCAAAGGUUUUAAGUCUCGGUCUUUCAAACCAGGGAGAUUCACUGAAUAAAUAUGGUGAGCUUUACAUCAAAAGAUUUCCAGAGCUUAAGAUAAAGAUUGUGGAUGGAAGUAGCUUAGUUGUGGCUACUGUUCUUAACAGUAUUCCUAAAGAAGCAAGUCAAGUGCUUCUUUGUGGCAAACCUAAUAAGGUUUCAUAUGCCAUUGCCAGUGCUUUAUGUGAAAGGGGUACAAAGGUUACAACUAUGUAUAAGGAUGAAUAUGAUACUCUUCAGUUGAGACUGUCCAAGGAGUCCAAAAACAACUUGGUUUUCCCAGGAUCCUACACUGCAAAGAUUUGGCUAGUAGGAGAACAAUGUAAUGAGGUUGAACAAAAAAAGGCACCAAAAGGAUCAUUGUUCAUUCCUAUUUCCCAAUUCCCUCCAAAGAAACUUCGGAAAGAUUGCUUCUACCAUAGCACACCAGCCAUGAUUGCUCCCCCUUCUUUUGUUAACGUCGACUCUUGUGAGCCAACACCUCCUACUGAAGGAGAUCCAUGUGAGAAACAUGCAUAA